AUGACGUCCGAAAAGAACUUGCGGGUUGGCAGGGAAGUUGGCCCAGGAAGGUUGACUGUUGGCAAGAUGCAAAGCGGAGUAUCAACCCCGGAAGAACCUUUUACAGGGGAGAUUGCAUCAGUAAACGUAUGGAGCGCGAAAUUGGACGACAGCAAAAUCAGAGAGAUGUCACGGUCAAAAAGUCAAGAAUUAGGAAAUGUUACAGAUUGGAGAGAGUUUCGACAUGGUAUUAAUGGAGAUGUGAAUAUCCUCUCACCUGGCAGUCCUAUUUCCAUUGGUAAGCAUGCACGAAAUUAACAGAGUUUGCAAAAACCACUAAUAAAGUCGAACCUCCAUGUGCGACCACCGCCAAUCAUAAACACCAACAUUUUCCCAGUCAGAGCCUUACUGUUGGUAACUCUAGUAAACGACCACCCCCUGUAAGCGACCGCGACCCCUUUUUGGGCCUGAUGGUUAAUGAUUUUCCAUUGUCUUUAACCUCUUGUAAGCGACCACUUAACGCAUUCUCUGAUCUUUAUGUUCGCUGUGUGCACAACGCUACGUAGAAUAUACGAACAUGGAACUACUCAUGUCGUAAAUUAGACAUUGCAUGCAAUAAAUUAUCUCCCAUAAAGUAGAUAUGCCUAGAAAUCGUCUCGGAAGAGGCGCCCUGUGGUUCGAUUCUUGUAAACGACCAUUUCCCGUACGCGACCACUAAGUCUUUACAUUUUAGUUGGGUGGUGGGUUACGUGAGGCUCGACUGUAAUAAAAUAUUGUCAUUAUCGGUUGGUUUGUUUACUAUUUGCUGAAAAAAUUGUUUGUGACGUGCUCUCAUUUCAGUUUCAGACACUGAAUUCGUGGUGGACUUUGCAUCGAAGAGUGUUAACAACUACAUACAACCGUCCACUGUGAUGCCAUCACUUAAGCAUUUGACAGUCUCAUUUUGGAUGAAGACGAAACUUCUUGCUGAUGCCGCGAUUGUCCACUAUGCGACCAGUGAAGAAAUAAACUCUCUCUAUGUGGGUUUUGGGCGCAAUGGACCCUUGAACCUGUAUGUCAUGUCUUCUAGGUAAGCAUUAUGGUUUUGAUUUGACGGUAGGUACAACAUGCAGGUCUCACGUCACAGGUCGCAAUUAAGUGCAGGUUAGAGUACAGGUCAGUGUUAGGGUAAAUAAACAACACUUGAAGUGUCUCAUAACCCUAAUCACAAUCAUAGAGUUUUAGUUUUAGGGAAAAUGCUUAUCUCGGUGACUUACACUUGUGACCUAUGUAUGUGUGUUUUUUUUUUUGCCCAGGUUUGAGUUGAUCCCUUUAAUUCAGAGGUUUCGGGCUUUUCAUUAAGUGUGUGUAUUAGUCAGUCAGUCAGUCAGUCAGUCAGAAUCCGGAAUCCGGCCUGAAAAGCUGCUUCAUCGUCAUCAUACGAAACUUGCUCACCUAAGUCCCCUGAAGAAGAACUAGGACUGCUUUCGCUCAAUACGCAUUAGUACGACGAAAUGAGCGUCCUCAGCAAAUUUUUCUUAAACCGGAAAUGAAGAGCCUCUAUCUUCAAGUUAAAACUUACAGCUUGCCAGCAAGCUAGAUAUCAAGAAAUGUUCCUUCGCUGUAAAGCGUCACUUAAACGGAAGUAAUACUGUCUAACGAAACUAUACCAGUAAUGGGUUUAUAUGAAUUAUAUGAAUGCCCAAGUUCUGGGUUAAUUGUGCAUGUCUGCACAAUUGCAAUUGUUAAUUGUACUUCAUUAUGUAUCAUUAGCAAUUACAAAAGGUACUACAUGCCUGGUAUGAACGGCGGUCUUUGGCAUCAUAUUUGUUUAACAUGGAGCAGUUUUCUGGGCAAAGUCCAGUUUUUCUUAGAUGGAUCACGGAUAAAAAGAAUUUCUGGAUACCGCGAAAAUUUUACUGUCCCAGAGGGAGGAAUCCUGAGAAUUGGACAAAAACAACUGGAGGUUGGUGGAAGUCAUUCAAGUAGCAAAGCAUACGAAGGUGAGCUGACGAGAAUCAACAUUUGGAACACGGUUCUGGCGGAUUCUGUGAUAGAGGCACUAGCUUUAACACCUGGAGCAGAAAUUGGAAAUUUUCUGUCCUGGAGAGACAUACGCACAUCAAUAUUCAGCGGACUAGUGUCAGUUCAAGAUGGCACCGAUCCUCAGCCACUUGGUAAGACUUAAAAACUACGUAAAAUAUAUAUAAGGUUGAAUAAGGCCAAAAACAAAAUGUAGUCAUUGAAAGGUUUCAGGCGCUAUUGAAAAACCUUGCUGCUUUUAGAACUGUGGUUCACUUUUGUUUUUGUUUCGAGCGUUGAAUCUAAAUAUAUUACAAUAACUUGAAAAGACAUUGAAAAGUGGUUCAAAACAGAUCAGAAAUGAAAUGUUGACCACAAUAUGAGAAAUGUUUCAGGGGAUAUUCUGUUGCCGUCAAGCAGAAUUCGUGAUGAACGGAACCAAAUUUUCUAAAGACGGCCGUUCAACAAUACAGCAAAUCUUAUAAAUUUUGCUUAAAUUCAUGUCUUUCAGCUAAAGAAAGCAAUUACGAUCUGCUGUUUAAUUCGAAGUCGACCAGCAACUACGCAACUUACAGCUCGUUGCCAUCCAUGACCUGUUUGACAGCCUGCCUUUGGAUGAGAACAUCUUACUCUGGGACGCAUUAUUUUUUCUCUUAUUCCACCAGCUCCUAUUAUGAUGCACUAACCCUUGGGUACGAUUCUGAAGAGGCUGAGAUUAACUUCAACAUCAACUAUCCUUCUUGGCGGUGAGCAUUUGUUUAUCGAUGGGAUUUGGGAGAUAUUUUGACCCGAGAACCAUUAGUUUGUAAAAGCAUGUAUCCUUUCAGGCCUUGUAGGAACCGUGUACGAGAGGAAAAAAAACUAUAUCGAAACUAAACAAGACCAGCUAGCUUCAUUGUUGAAACCUUUCACUGUUUCACAGUAGUAGUCUUGUUACACAUCAGCCUUUGGCUUCUGCCUACUAUUGACUUUUCAGUAAAGUAUCUAUAUGCAUGUAUGUAUGUAUGUAUGCACAAUUAUUACUUUUAAGAUUGAUACUCAGUGCUGUGGGGGUAAAUUGAAGGAAGCCUGAUACAUUUGGUCACAAUGAAACCCAGCUUAUUAACGGUGAAAGGUACGAAAUAGGCCAUUUCCGAGUUCUCGCCAAUCUUGUGAAAAUCAGUUCUAUUUGCAUUUCAGUGGCUUCCCACUUAGCCUCGCUUUGAAACAGAGACUUAAAGCAUCUCGGAAAUGGUCUAUUGAAAAUUGUCAGACAACCGAACCAGCAGCUCUAGGUCCAGCAGAGUUCAUCACACUUACUGCAUGCGCUGUAGACUAGUCGACAAUAAAGGCUUGUUAUAUGUUCCCCGAUGGACAUGUCACACUAGCUGACUCCAUACAAAUUUUCUUCUUUUUGUCAUUGAUGUAACUGCAGCUACCAUGCCCUUUCAAGUGCUUUCAUGCAUGAUGAUGGAUGGCAUCACUUGUGCGUAACCUGGAGAAAUACAGACGGCCAAUGGUGCAUCUUUGUCGAUGGUGAAAGGAAAUGCUAUGAUGAGAGUUAUAAAACGGGCCAAACCAUCGCAGGAACUGGAAAGUUUUUUCUUGGCCAAGAGCAAGACUCAUAUGGUAUAAAAUCAAUUUAAACAGUAGCACCAUUAGAGAGCUUUAGACUCUAAGACGAGGACGACGACGAGUACAAUAUUUUCUCAAUACAGCUGUACUGUGUAUUGCUCACUCGUGAACCAGUGUCAUUUUGGCAGGGAAACUGAUAACCGUCGUAAAUCUACUACGAAUUUUAGUGCGAAUGUACGUCGUAGUGAAAGUUAUCAGAUGUAAGGAGUUUUAUCAUUUUGCUAUGGGGAGAGGACUAAACAAUGGAUCUUUUCUUUAAAGACCUUUACCAAAUAAUUCUUUCUCGUUCUAAGCACUCUCAGGAAAAUGCGUGAAAGUUGAAUUCUGUAUGCUUUUGAUUGAGAAGACACUGAAAAAACAUUUGGCCAUCUAAAAAAAGGAUGGGUCUAACUUGAGACAUUUUUCAUUUCAGUAAAAUUGUCCAAAUAAGCUAUUUUAUCCCACGACACUAUUUCACCCAGUUUAUGUAUCAAUGAAUUUGCACUGUUUUUAUUAACUGGUUAGUUGGAGUUAAUGGGAUGAAGCAAUUCCCCGGUUCUGAUUGGCUACAAGAGCGGGCAAAAUACAAUAGGCGUUAUUUGGCCGCUCGGGAUUUCCUGAUUUACUCCCGCCGGGAAAAAAAGAUUCUUUUAGCUAAGUAAUAAAUCUUUCAUUGACCAACUUUGUCCAGUCCAUAAAGAACCUUCUCUCGCCAAAAAAAAAAAACAAAAAACAAAGGAAUAUUAAAUGAAUGAAUGAAAUACUUGGCCACUAUCCAGCCAUCUCUUCGUCACCCUUGGUCUGCGCCAUAUAAUCGUGGUAUCAGACACUUGAGGUAAAUAAUCAACAACGUCAAUGCAGUCGUAGAUAAUUUUACACUAUUUGCUGAUAUCUCGCCUUACUUUUCAGGGGGCAGCUUCUCUACAUAUCAGGCAUUUUACGGCAGAAUGAGUAGGGUGAACAUCUGGAGUAAUGUGCUUGCAAACGAUGCCAUUGAAAAGAUGUCUUUAGGCUGCGGAUUGGUUAGCGGUGACGUGGUGGCUUGGCAUCAUUUCAAAAACAACUUAUUUGGAGACGUGCAGGUGGAGACGCCGUCCUGGUGUUCAUUGAUAGGUACGGUUAACUCACGGGGCGUUUUUCUUUUGACCCCAGACAGGAGUUCCAAGAGGGCUAGCAAAAUCUCCGUAUUUCUUGAUGGACUAUAUUAGUUGAUAAGACAGUUGUUGUUUAGUCUGACUACAUGUUUUGGUAUUUUUAGCUAAUGGUAGGGUAAAUGUGCAAUGAAAUGGAGUAAAUCUUGGCACUUUUAAUUAGCACAAGCGAUAAACUUUCACAUAUGCAUGGUUUAUAUAAAUGGAAAAUUCAAGAAAGGUUAUCUCUUGGUCCACUCUCCCCUAGUCAUUGAGUUGUUUAGUGCCCAUACCCAGUCCAGUCCACCCCCCAAAAAAAAAAAAAAAAUAAUGAAAUAUAAACAAAAAAACAAUAUCGAUCGUUUUCUCUGUGUAGGGCCUACAAAACAAGCCAAGCUAGAUGCUUACUGCCAAAGCCAAUUCUCUGGUUCGUCCUGUAGUGAAGGAACUAUCACCAGAGCAGUAUUUGAUAGGAAGGACGAUCAAGUUGGAAAACAAUGGCGUUGUUACUAUGAGAACGCCCUCACAGAGAGUUCCACGGGAUAUGCAUAUGACGUGAGCAAGAGCUCUGGAUGCCUACACACCAGAGAUAAUGAGCUACGGAGCUUGUUACUCUAA